CUAACCUCUAUAUAAGGAGUCUCAACUCUCUUCUCUAGUUUAAUUUCACUCAUCAGAAUUUUAAUCAUCUCCAAUCUGCAAUAUGGAUUUCUGUCAAUAUUUUAGCAAUAUGAGUCUCCGGGAAUCGGUUAAAAAGCAGAGCGAUAUUCCUUUGAUGCUCGCGAAGCAUGUAUUCAGCAGCGAAUUUAAAGGCAUUGAUUCUAACAUGGUAUUUUCACCACUCUCAAUUCAAAUAGUUCUUGGUCUCAUUCCUACUGGCUCCAAAGGCCAGACGAUGGAACAACUGUUGUCUUUUUUCAACCUCAACUCCAUUGAAGAAGUCAAUUCUCUUUCUUCUUGGCUCGUUGCUAAUGUCUUAGUCGAUGGCAGCCCAAGGGGAGGUCCUCGUUUGUCCGUUGCUAAUGGGGCUUGGGUUGAUCGAACUCUGUCUUUCAAGCAUUCUUUCAAACAGAUUAUGGACAAUGUUUACAAGGCUGCUUCGGCUUAUGUUGAUUUUCAGAACAAGCCUGAUGAAGUUGCCAAAGAAGUCAAUAAGUGGGCUGAAGAGAAAACUAAUGGUCUCAUCAAAGAGAUUCUUCCUCCUGGUGCAGUACACAACAUGACUAGGCUCAUAUUGGCCAAUGCACUAUAUUUCAAAGGAGAAUGGGUAAAGAAGUUCAACGCUUCAGAAACAAAAGACUAUGAGUUCUAUCUCCUCAAUGGAACAUCUAUUAAAGCACCCUUUAUGACUAAGAAUAGAUUGUCCACAGUAGCAGCAGCCUAUGAUGGCUUUAAAGUGUUGGGACUUCCUUAUAAAUAUGGCAAUGACAAUCGUCGCUUUUGCAUGUAUUUUAUUCUCCCUGAUGCCAAUGACGGCUUAUCAACUAUAUGGGAGAAAAUGACUUCAGAACCUGAUUUCUUAAAUCAUCAUCUGUAAUCCGCUACUAUGUUAAAACACAAAAUCAAAAACCUGU